GAGCCGGAAGCGGAAGCGGAAGCGUAUCCAUGGCGGCGCCCCUAGCAACGGCGGCAAGGAGGGCGGCUUGAGGCGGCGGCGGGGGUCCUGCCGGGCUGGCCGCGGGCCGGGUGGGCAGCAUGGCGGAGAAGUUCGACUCGCUGGAAGAGCACCUGGAGAAGUUCGUGGAGAACAUCCGGCAGCUGGGCAUCAUCGUCAGCGACUUCCAGCCCAGCAGCCAGGCGGGCCUCAACCAGAAGCUGAAUUUUAUGGUUACUGGCUUGCAAGAUAUUGACAAAUGUCGACAGCAACUUCAUGAUAUCAGUGUUCCUUUGGAGGUUUUUGAAUACAUAGACCAAGGUCGCAAUCCUCAGCUGUAUACGAAGGAAUGUUUGGAAAGGGCUCUAGCUAAAAAUGAACAGGUGAAAGGCAAAAUUGACACAAUGAAGAAAUUCAAAAGCUUAUUGAUUCAAGAGCUGACCAAAGUGUUCCCAGAAGACAUGGCAAAGUACAAAGCUAUUCGAGGUGAAGACCCUUCUCCUUAAUUAUGCCUUCAGUUAUCUGGCAUUCAUGGCUAGACCCUGCCAGUCAGCAGUUGAGAUAAUAUUUGAUGUAACCAGAAGAAUGAAGAUGUUCUGCUCAACAGAAGCAUUUAUUCAAUAUUGUGUUUCUUGUCAGGAUGGAAUUGUAUUUUUCUGUGCUGCUUCAGAAACCUUUAAGGUUUCCUAAAGAUUUCAAAUAAGAAGCCAAAAAUUUUCUCUUUAGUGCGACUUCAGGUCCGUAUCUGAGUUGAAAGCCAUCAGUUUUGCUUUUUGUAAGAUACUGUUUGAAUGAUUCAACUUAGCUGCCUUAUAUAAAGAUAGGUGGGGUCAGGAUCAUGACCUCAUCUAUUGAAGCACUUCAAUUUACAAAAUGAAAUAGAAUAAACAUGCUAUCUCUUCCUGGACAAUUUAAAGGUCUGGGCAUGGUUUUUGGAUUAUACUUUAGCCUGCUGAAACAGUACAAAAUUGAUUUUGUGGCUCUAAUAAUAAUAUUUGUAAUGUUGUACAUAGGAUAUUUAAGAUACAUUUGUGAGUAAUCUUUUGAACAUUCUUGGUUUUGUAUGGUUAAUGAAAAAAGUCAGUCAAUGAACUGUAUGACAUUCUCAUUAUGGCAACAUGUACAGUAAAGACUUUGAAAUAA